GAAAAAAAAAAAAAAAAAAAAAAAAAAAAAAAAAAAGAAAAAAGUCCUCGAUUCAUCGCAAAAGCAAGGAGCAAUGGCGGUGGACAUCCUGGACGAGGACCACCUGGCGGUGAGCGCGAUAGUGACGGUGGGCAUGCAGCUGAUAUUCUUCUCGAUCGCCGCUACCUUCCAGAUGGACAAAUUGACGGAUUUCGCCGGUGGGGUCAACUUCAUGAUACUCGCGCUGCUCACCUUCUUCCUCGGGCAGGUCGGUAAGACGUACGACAGCCGCCAACUCAUGGUGACGAUAUUCGUCUGCCUGUGGGGUUUCCGGCUCUCCUCGUACCUCCUCUACCGCAUCUACCAAAUCGGCAGGGACAAGCGCUUCGACGAUCGCCGGAGCAACGUCAUACGCUUCGCCGUAUUCUGGUCCUUCCAGGCCGUGUGGGUGUACGUGGUGAGUUUGCCGGUGAUCAUAAUAAAUUCGCCCCGCAACAAGAUACCCCCGUCGCCGAAAACUAUGACGAACCUCGACAGCGCCGGCACGGCUCUGUUCAUCGUCGGCCUACUGGCCGAGACCUACGCGGACCUGCAAAAGUUCGCCUUCAAGGCCGAUCCCGUCAACGACGGCAAAUGGUGCGACGACGGUCUCUGGAGCUUCUCGAGGCAUCCAAACUACUUUGGCGAGAUCGUCGUCUGGUGGGGCAUAUUCGUCAUCUCGUUGAACGUGAUCGAAGGCUGGGAGUGGAUAGUCAUAGCGUCCCCGAUAUUCACCACCAUCAUCAUACUCUUCCUCUCGGGCAUGCCACUGCUCGAAAAGGCUUCGGACGAGAGAUACAGGCAUAUCGCCGAGUAUCGGCAGUACAAGCAAUCGACGUCGCCCCUGAUACCGAUACCACCGGGCAUUUACUCGGAGGUGCCGUGGUUCCUCAAGUUCCUGCUCUGCUGCGAGUACCCGCUGUACAACUCCCUGGACCCGAAGCCCCGCGCGGCCGUUACCGAGUCAACGUCGAUAAGCCUCGCCGCGUCCACGUAGCUAUAAGCGUGCGUCGGCUUCCGUUCUGGCUCCGUGGUCAUUGUGACGGAGUUCCGGGAACCGGCGUACGUUAAACCGACCGAGUGCGACUCUGAUACCCAGGGUGUCUUUUUCUUCGACACCAUUGUUUAUUACCUCUUUCGUGAUUUCGUUCCCGCUAAUCCCAACGAUGCCGAUCCCGAGGCCGGUAGCGCCGAGGUGCACCUCGGUCUCGAGGGUUGUUGAGGUUUUCUU